CGGCUGUCGUCUCUCGUUCUCUUUUAUUCGUUCUCCUCUUCUCUUUUCGUCUCUUCUCUUUCUUUCUCUUUUUCCUAUCUCUUUCACUCUUUCUCUUUCUCGCUCGCUCACUCGUUCGUACUCUUUUCUCCGCCUAAAAGUUGACCUCGAGUUUCAAGGGUAGAGAAGGCAGUCAUCCGCCCCUCUACGUUGGGUAGAAGGGGGGAUCUACGAGCCAUAACUCUCGUAUUCUUCACGAAGGAACGAACGAAAGAGAGAAGGCGACGUUGACUCGGCGUCGAUGCCGGUAGUCUCCCGCCAUCCCCACCGGGCAAAUGAAGCGUCCCGAUUGGUCGAAGCGUCGUGGCCCUCCUUUGUGAGGGAGCGGGUGAAAGCAUGGCUUGGCAACGUCGCGCAAGUUCAACGCUGCCCGCUAGAAAGAAGGCUAACCUCGUGUGAAAGCGAAAGAGAGAGAAAGAGACGGAUCGACGCGCACGGCGAAGUGGAAGGAGUAGAAGGGAGAAAAGGAGAGAGAAAGAGAGAGAGAGAGAGAGAGAGAGAGACGAAACGAGCGAACGUUCGACCGGGCCGGACCUCGUCAGGUUGUUCUCUUCCGCGUCUCUGUGUGCGAAAUCGAACGCGCGAGCUUAAUGCGACGAUAGAAGCAAUCCAAAAGAUCUCUCUCUCCAGAGUCACGCUCUUCUCCAUGCGAGCGGACGACCAUUAGCGUGUUCCACGAGGAGCAUUUACGGCUGCUCAGUGGCCGCCAUCGGUAUCGCGACUCGCGUCGCGGUCGAACGUCGCGCGCGCUUUUACGCACGGCGUCGUCGUGCUUCGUCGUCGUCGUCGUCGUCGUCGUCGUCGUCGUCGUUGUCCUCGUCGUCCUCGUCGUCGUCGUCCUCGUCGUUUUCGUUGUUAACGGUGUCGUUGUCGUUGUUGCUACUGCGCGUAGGCGCGUGAGAGAAAGAUCGAAGGAUUAUUCCAUUCGUUGGGAGAGGGAAAGAGAAAGCGCAAUCGUGCGAGUCGGAAAAAAGAAAAAGAGGGAGAGGGGAGAGGUUAAAGAAACAAAGAAAGAACAACGAAGCAAAGUAUGUUCGAAAGCCGAUAGAACAAUGGAGUCCGGACGUAGAGAGCUUAGAUGCGGUAAUAGGAGUGUCGUCGGUGGAGGCGAUUAGAAAAAUUAACGAACGCGCUUAGUUCGCGUUCAAAGGAAAAGAGAAAGAGAGGAGACGCUACGACGAUCGUCGUCGUCGUCGUCGUCGUCGUCGUCGUCGUCGUCGUGUCGUCGCCGUCGCCGCCGUCGUCGCCUCGUCUCGUCUCGUUCUCGUCGUCGUCAUCGUUGUCGCAGCCGUCGUCGUCGUCGUUGAGCAGCGACGUUGAGGCAGAUUCGGGCUAGAAGAGAAGGAACGAGAAAAGCCGAGAAAGACCGAUCGACGACGGGCAAGGCGAGAGGCACACGGGUGUCGUACCACCGUACACGGUGGUGGGGGGGACUGGAGGAAAAAAGAAAGAGCUAUAACGAGUGAAGGAGAGAAGAGAGAGAGAGAUAGCGAGCCUUCCCCGGUUCGCCGGCCGGCCGUCGUGCCCCUUCUCCCCUCAGUUAGUUCCCCUGCCGUCCCGCACGGUUGCUUGCACCCAUCCUUGCCGUCGUGCUGCCGCCACCACCGCCACCGCCGUACCUAACCCACCACGGAGCUGCAGCCAACGAACGACGACGAACGGUCGAGCGUAGCGUCGAGUAGAGAGAACGUAUUCCAAGUGUAACGCGCGUGCCACGAAGGCUUUGCUCCGUGCGUAGUAAAGCGCUUCGAAGCGUCGAGCGCGCGCGCGCCCAAACGCCCGCGUUUAUACCGAUAGGGCUUUUAUAUACCUGGUGAUAUUGUAUAUCGUGUACUGUGUGCGCCAGGUGGACGAUAAAAGAGAGAGAAGGAAGAACCACGAAGGGAGUGAACAAGACGUUAAGAGAGAGAAAGAGACGCAUGUAUAGCGUACCUACGUCUGUGAUACAACCACGGAAGGAGACGAAGAUAUAUACAUAUAUAUAUACACACGUAAUGCAUAAAGAAGAAAAGUGAGAGAGAGGAAGAAACUGAAAAGAAGAAGAAUCAAGAGAGAGUGCGAGAAAGAGACAGAAAGACGCGCGUCGCGGAUCACGAAAACGCGCGUCCACGACGUCGACGCCGAAGCCGAAGCCGAAGAGAAGGUGGAGAAAGAGGACAACGACGACGACGAGGACGAAGAGAACGAAGAGCCGGCUAGUAGUACCGUACGGAUGUGAGGGUGCGCGCGUGGACGAGGUACCUUCUCUCGCGAGAGAGCGCGAGCGUGCCCGGUCUCGCUCGCGCGCACGCGUGUGCGUGUGUGUGCGCGUCGUGAGUAACCUCUCGCCGUCGCCGCCGCCGUCGCCACCGCUGCCGCUGCUGCCGGUUGUACCCGUAUCUUCCUUUCUCUCUCUCCCUCGUUGCCGUUGUCGUUGUCGUAGCCAUCGUAUUCGUCGUCGUAGUCGUCGUUGCUGUUGCUGCUGGAUAAACGACGAAGGUACGAAGAGGAGAAGGUGGAGGUAGUGGUGGAGGAGGAGUGAAGGAGGAGGGGGAGGAGGUGGAGGUGGAGGUGGAGGAGGAGGACGUUAACGUAGGAGCCGCGUACGUGUACGCGCGUACGAAAUGUCGGAACACCACCGCGUAGCCGGUGGCUGGGCUACGGCCAACCCUGGAAACCGCGAGGAUGCGUCCGGCGGUGCCGCUUGGUGGCCUUCCGGCAUGAACGCCGUCUCUGCUGCCGAACAGCAACAACAGCAACAACAGCAGCAAGCACAGCAGCAACAACAAAACCUCCAUCAGCAUCUGAUGAAUCAGCAGCAGCAGCUCAAUCAGCAGCAGCAGCAGCAGGCGCAGCAACAACAACAGCAGCAGCACCAUCAGCAGCAACAGCACCAACAACAGCAGGAUAUUGUCAGAAGUACCGCUGCGGGGACGCAGCAGCUCUUCUCCUAUAAAAUGGCAUCCAGCUUUCAGAAUCCGGCAACGACCGGUACGCAAUCGAGCCCAGUCUCGACGUCGACGCCUGUUGGCUCCUGCAUGAGGGGUGGCUACGACUUCAGACUCGGCAACGCUCCCGGAUCGGGCGGCGGUGGCGUACCCGGCACUCCGUCCGCGCCACCGCCCGGCGUACAGUGGUGGUAUCCAGGCGGUGUUAUGGACGCGGCCGCUCAGAACAACCUUCAUCAACAGUUGCAGUCGCAGCAGCAACAACAGCAACAUCUAUCGCCGAUUACUACGCAAACAUCUACGCCCCCCGUCAUGUCGCCGCAUCAAAUACAACAGUUACCGCAGCAGAAUAAUUUGCAACAAAAUAACGCUCAAGGUCUGCAACGAGACAACAUGCCUAGAGGAAAGGACUCUAAGCCGAGGGGACGAAUGACCGCAUACGCGUUCUUCGUUCAGACAUGUCGACAGGAACACAAGAAGAAGCACCCCGAGGAAAAAAUUAUAUUCCGUGAAUUUUCAAAGAAAUGCGCGACGAGGUGGAAGACCAUGUCAGACAAAGAAAAGAAACGUUUUCAUGAGAUGGCAGAAAAAGACAAGAAAAGAUACGACGCAGAGAUGCAAAAUUAUACACCACCUAAAGGAGAAAAAGGCAGAGGAAAGAAACGUAAACAUAUUAAGGAUCACAAUGCACCUAAACGAUCACUAUCUGCCUUCUUUUGGUUCUGUAAUGAUGAGCGCGGUAAAGUGAAAAUGUUAAAUCCUGAAUAUGGUGUAGGAGAUAUUGCUAAGGAAUUAGGUAAAAAAUGGUCGGAUGCAGAUCCCGAAACCAAAUCUAAAUAUGAGGCUAUGGCAGAGAAGGAUAAAGCUCGAUACGAAAGGGAAAUGACAGCAUACAAAAAGAAAAUGAAAGAUGGUGCACCAGUGGUGGUAGGAGCACCACCUGCAAAUACUGUAAAAAGCGACAGUGAAGAAGAAUGGAAGGAAGACGAUGAAUAGCGGCUGCAUGAUAAAAUGUCAUCUAUCACCCCGUGUCCUUGAUCCUAAAAGCAUACCUCACCUACUGUACGUACCAUUGACCUUAGCGUGAGUGUACUUACACCACUAGGAGAACAAAUAACUAACCACGAGUCCCCAAUUAUUUACAAUAAUAAUUGAAAACACACGCGAUUAUAAUAAUUAUUUUAAAACUUGUGUGUAUGCGCUAUGUGAAAGGAGAUUGUAUGAAUGACAUUUGUAUUUUAACAUAUUGAUUAGCAACAUGUAAAGUGUCAUAGCAUAGAGGAAUGAAAAAGAUGGUGCCCACUUUCUGUGUGAGAUGGAAGGCGCAGGGGCUCAAUCAUUGUUGACUUUGUCUCCACACCAUGUUAAAAGCUAAUUUAGUUAGUAAUAACAAAAGAUCCACUAGCCUCGUUGUUAUGCGAUAUAUCACUUGAAAAAAAAUGGUUUUGUGAAAUUUAUCAGUUCAGUUCAUUUGCUGCCAGAAUAUAAGAGACUAACAUUGUAUAUCCUUGUACAGAACGUUUCUUUAAAUCAAAUUUCUCUCAGGUAGGGCAUGGGGCUGCUUUGUAUGAGUGUAAUUGAUUUUUAUAUAUGUCGAGAAUAGCUGUAAGUAAUUAGAAUAAGUAUACUUAAACACAACGUCGAGAUCGUACAUUCACAUCAACGUGUGAUAGUUUUCACUAAUAGUGGAUACUAAGCCACGUGAUUGAGCCUUGUAGUUUAUAAGCAAUUUGAAUCGAGAAAAUAUGUAGUUCACAGCUUUUACAAAUCAAAAUUAGGACAGUAUAUUCUGACAGUCCUAUACUUACAGAAAGGGUGCUCGUUGUUGUAUGCACAAAAAGUCGAAAUUUUAUUUGCGUGACGUGCUGCAACACACACCACGAUUGCUGAGAAAGAUCACAACACAGAUCACAGGAUAGAAAAAUGCCCUAAUUUUACUUUGUAUAGUGACUUCGAUCAUUAAGUUUUACUAUAAAAAUAUGUAAAAAUUUAUGUUUUUUAUUCAUUUUGAUGAGGAACUUCGUAAAUGGCAGUUGUUUAAGUAGACAAAUAUUGUAAUUUUUAUUUUUUUUUUUUCCUAACGCGUAGAAGUGGUCCCCCUGCCCUUACCAUCGUCAUCCUCCCUCUCAUAUUCAUUAUGUCAAUAAAGGAAAUACUUAAAUCCUAUCCAAACCAUUUGAUUCCCUUAAUUGUUCAAGAAAGCAAAGUAGGGCGUGUUUUGUACUGCCUUGAGUCAUCUGGUGUACAGCAGGCUGUAUUAUAAUAAAUUAUUGUGGUUUCUUGUAAUGUUAACAUUCCUAGAACUUAGUAUGUACAGAUCCUUAUCAUUGAAAUUAGUGCAAACUAUGUAAGCGGCACGCAGAUGAAAUAGAUCUGGUCACUUGUUUUGUGAAUUUGUUAACCAGAUCAGUAUGCGAAGUGAAUAUAAUACAACAAAAAGGCUUUCUUAUGGUCAGACUGACUUGCACCUUGAUUUGGCUCAGCAGUUAGCCAUCAUUUUUCUCAACAUAAAGCUCUUCAUCUUCCCCCAUGCAUUGUCAUGUAAUGAAUCAUUGUAUGAUUAUAUGAACAAAAACCUGUUUUAGAGGGAGCUAGAGGAUGAAAACUGUAAAAUAUAAAAUUGUAAUAUUUUAAUACUGAUUUGCAGAUGUGCAUAAUUUUAACAUAGCUGGUUAAAGUGAAUUGUACUGAUUCAGAGGUAUCCAUUUGAUGGAAAUUAAUAAAAACAAAUAUUGAAAAUCA